AUGGCGGACAAAUUUGAUACAGCAGCCCCCUUAUUCAAUGAUUCAUUGCCAUAUGAAGAGCAAGAGAGUAUCCCAGCUCAUGCCAUUUUUCAACUUAUCAUGUUUACGGUCAUCUUUAUGGUUGGUUUCUUCGGUAAUUGCAUCGUAAUUUACGGUGUCCUCCAGCAGGGAUCUGCAAAGACCACCAGCAGUAUUUUCAUAGCGAAUCUUGCGCUUAGUGACUUAGCUGUUCUUGUGCUUAGUUUGCCAAUAGGACUCUUACAAGAGCUGGCUUCGUGGCCGUUCGGUGAGAUGGCGUGCAAAAUCUUCUAUCCUCUCGGAGACGUUUUUUUGACCGUCUCCAUUAUGACGUUGACGGCGAUCGCAUUGGACCGUUACCGUGCAAUUGUUACGCCGUUCAAGGAACGAUUCACAAAAACGCAGGCGAAAAUCUGCGUUAGUGUGAUAUGGGGUCUUUGUUACUUAAUAGUUGGGAUACCGACAUCUUUUAUUCUUAAAUUGGUACCGCAGACAAAUGGAGUGAUUGUGUGUUUUCCCUAUUGGAAAGAUAACAUGUUGCGGCAACUACACAAGAUCUUCAUAGCAUCUCUAGCGACACUGCCAUUGUUUCUAAUUAGUUACUGUUAUUUCCGAGUUUUUAUGGCUCUAUGGAAGGCACGAAUAAUACAUCGUGAUUGCGCGAAGAACUCCCUGACAACGAUUCGCCUGGAACAGAAGCGCAAACUUGUAAAAAUGUUGAUUAUUAUCGUUGUCGCCUUCAGUGUGUGUCUGUUGCCCUACGUAACAUUUGCCUUAGUUUUAGAAUUCAAGGGAAUGGAACGAACCUCCACGGUAAAUGUUAUUUUGGUCGCGGUUCUGUCUUUGCUCUACGCAAAUAGUGCCAUCAACCCGUUAAUUUUGUGUACUAUGAGCAAAGAUUACAGAAAAGGUUUAAGGCCGUGUGGUUGUUAGAGCACUGGAAAACAGACGCACGCCAUAGUAUUAUCAUGGAUGAACAUGAUAAAAAAAACCUCGCGGAAAUUUUAUUUCGCGCAUCGCCCGUUACCCUAACGUCUUCAGUCCUCGCGUUGCGGAGUGAAGUCCUGCAGUUUUAUGAGCACCGUGAAAUGGCCACACGCUUCACAAAUCAAACCACGCUUCAUGCCUUUAUGUCAGUCAGUCUUGAAUUGUUGACAGUAUUGACAGUGAAAAUCAAUGAGUACAAUGUCUCAUAUGUUUAUUAAAUAUUCCAAGAUGUAGAUUUGUCGCUCGAGGUUUUGCAGUUGAUGUACCUUUUAAAUGAUCACUGAAUGUUAUUGUUUCGAAUAAAGUCAAAAGGAUGGGCAACAAGUCUUUACAAUGUGCUUCCAAACUGUUGAUAGAUGUCGCCUUCAAUCACGCCUAAAAUUUUGUUGAAAAAGUAAUUGUUUAACCAGCUUAAUGAAAGCCAGAAAGAAAAAUUUGAAAUGUCAACUGUAGCUCCCCGUCGAUUUUAACAGGUGCCUUCAAGAUUCUGGGUUACUAUUACUUUUUAACAACGGUUAAAGAAUAGGCAGGGGUAUAUUGCUAAGCACUAAAUGACACUGAAUUCCACAGAUUAGGGUUAGGAAACUGAGUGAGUCACGUUCCAUUAAAGUCAUCAUACAAGGCGAAAAUCAUUUGCAGCGUUGUACAGAACUCUGGGCUUUUAACACACAGGGCUUUUCACCUCUUGCUUAACUUGAGGGAGUUGACUUAACAUUACUGUCAGUCUUUUGUCUUUUUUAUCAGAGGAAAAUUCCAGCACUACAGUGACAGGAGAGCGAAACACAUAUCUUCUUUAAACAAAUGAGUUGACAAGAUUAUAAUUCGAAAUUUAGAGUUCCUUUUUUAUUUCCAUUUUUGGCCAGUUCUCAGUUCACUUCAUCAACAAAACCAUGACAAAACCAAAUGGAAAACAAGGAGAUAGAAUUUGUUUUUCAUGUUUACCAUCGAAACACCUUCAAAUUUGUUGUAGUUUGUUGUAGUCUCAGAUGCGACGACCUGGGUUUGAUUUCUUGGAAAAGCUUGUUUAAGACAGUUUAAGACGAGAAGAGAAGACUGAGAGCAAGGAAGAGAACCCACAACAAACUUAGCCAAUAAAAAACGUCUUCUGUGAUAAAGCAGAGAUCGGGCCCCACACACUAUACAUUACCAACCUUACUCCUUCAGGCCCCACACACUAUACAUUACCAACCUUACUCCUUCCUCAGUAAUAAGUUAAAGUAGCAUCUUAAAGAUCCACGAAGCAAUGUCUCGCACUAAUGAAGUCAGUUUUAUUUACUGAUCUAGCGUUUCAACACUAAAGCGCAAUAAAUCUCAGGCUAUUAGAUCCCUCAACCUCUUUGCCUCUUUCUGAGGUCUUUCCUUUUAACGAGCUUGGUCCAAGCACCAGGUUGUAAGUCAACUUAAAUCGUACUAGAGCCGAGACUCUCCCCAAAGUACGCAAUAGAGACUGUUUCAUUACAUUCAGCAAUGAAAUGGCCCUGAUAUGGUCAUCAUUAAAUCAAUGAUUGUUCUCCUGUUCUCUGAAACAGGGCUGAUAACUUUUGUCUAUUUCUUUGUCAACAAGUGUCGGCCAGGUUUCACCCUGGCUGGCAUCCAGCAGUUUAAUAAGCCCUACCCUCCUAUUGGCCUUCAUACAAAAUUCAAGUUCUUUCACAAACUGCGUUUGAUAGAUAGUGAACUGGCUACCUGUUACACUGCUGCCAUGAAAAAUUACUGCCGAUAAAUUUGAAGGGACAGAAAACAGAACUCUCUCAUAGACUCAAAGGUUAGGCGGUCAAAGGAUUAACAUCAUUACUUCGACUGAAGAGAUAUUUUAAUCGAAUCGGAAAGCAGUGCGGGUCGUAUCUAUAUGCUUAAUACUGCUUUCCGGCAAUUCACCAACACUUAUCGCACAUUCGUUUAUCUUGGGAAGUGGAUAUUAAAACUCGCGCGGAAAUUCCAGUCCCGAGUUAUUUAUGCUAUCUAUUGACUCUAACUUGAUUGUUGUCAUUUAUAGAAAACCACUAGGGCGUCCACGUUUAACCCCAAUCGGAUGUGUGAAAAUGAGAGAGACCAGGAAUGCAUAAUUGCAAAUAAAACCUAUUAUCUAAGUAACAGACCUAUUCGGCUAACUCAAUGUUGUACCGAAUUCAAACCCUUUGGAAAUAAAACGUUUUGAUUCAGGAAUUUCCAUAUCACUUAAAUGUGAAUGCGACAUUAUAAUGCAAAUACAACACACAAAGAAUCUUAACCCGGGAAAUUUGAAUUGGGUUAUUGUUUUAUCACUUACCAUUAUUACAAAUCAGUCAAAGAAUUACUGCCUAGUUUGAAUGUAUCUAACCAUCGCCUACGGCCGUCUUUCUGGUUCUAAAAUCUGUUAAAUUCAACGAGAAGGUUUGUAUAUCGUGAGAAUUUAGCCUAAAACUGGUAUCGUAUUUUAAGCGCUUUACGAGAUUAAAAAUUAAAGAAUUGUUUCACUAUCUUUUCAUAGGAAAUCAACUUGUUUUUUGGUUUUUAAAGCCGUUUAACAACCUAUCCAGAGUGUUCCAAAGCCAGUAAAGAAUGAUGCUCUGUAACAAAGACAUCCAAUCAAACGGUUCCUAUUGCGGGCAAAAUAAUGUUUUUGUUGUCGUUGUUGUUCAGUUGUUGUUGCUUUUAGCGAGCGUGCUAUGGGUGGGGGGAUUCCACAGGAAAGGGAUGUGUUUCACUUGAGAGGUUUUUUAGCCGAUAGUUGUGUCAAGAAAUAUAUACAAGGAAAACCAAAUGCUGUCACACUGUGUUGAAAAGCAUUAAAUUCAUGCAUCUUUUGUAAACACUUUCAAUUACUAAAGGAGGUUGGGUUGUUUCGGGAAUUGGUUAUCUGUUUUUAUAGGAGUCAAACUUCACAGCCUAAGGCACGCCCGGAUUGAUCUCUUUUAGGGGUUUAAUUCUAAUUUUCCGACACGUGACUAUCACUUUGCCCUCUUAGGCAGGAAUCAUCUCCCAUUUCCAACUAAUCAGGUCUCUAUCUAUGAAAAUUGAAUGCUACUGAUCGCAAGUAUUUUUACCUAAAAUUUCAUUAAAGCACAUUUUGUGAAUGUUAAAAUGAGUCCCUGAAUUAACACACGAUGAUAAACUGAAUGAUAUUGUUACAAGUACUGUAUUAUGAAAGCUUUUCGUAGACAUCGUUCGAUAAAGGCGGAAAUGAAUAUAAUCAGUAAUAGCAUAGAACUGAUAACUUAAAUCAUAUGGAGAAUUGUUGUCUUUUAUGAAUAUUUUGAUUAGAGAACAAUUUACGUGUUCCACUUUGGUGUCCACGCGAUCUUUGCUAUCAAUAUGGUAGAUUUAUUUGUAAAUCAGCGCAGUGCGACGACAAAUUUCCAUUGUAAAGGAAACAGAGGCCGUAGACGGAGAUGUUAUCAAAAACCGGAAUCAAGCUGAUUUCAGUUCAUGCCACGCUCAGUGACUGACAGCACGUUUUUGUACAAUACGGGCUUGUUUUUAAGGUCAUUUUACCUUACACUUGUUGCUAAUAAGGUCAGUCCCACUUUUGGAAAUGCCAGAAAUGCGACAGAAAGGAUACUUUUGUGUCACUUAGGAACUUGGACGUCUCCAAUAAACACUUAACUCUGCCUUCACGUAUAGACUGAUUUACUGAGGUAGUUCUUCUCUUUACAGAACGAAAGAAACAGUGUCAGCAACAGUUAUAAACGUCUGAAAAUCGUUCAUAAUGUUUCUUAUUUAACAGCACCCUUUAUUCAAUGUAAUUCAGCAGGACCUCCAGCAGCAUGUCAAGUCUCGCCUCUAAAUAAAAUUUCGUCACUGACAUUUCGCUGUUAGAAGUUAAGUCAGUGAGGCAAACCUGCUGCAAAUAAUGACAACAGCCACCUUACUUGAUAAAAAAGAUAAUGACACCAACAAGCUGGAGAAAAUAGGUUAACCACGCUAAAAUAGAUUAACUGCCAAUAGUCGUCCAAAACCCACACUUCAACACUUUCAGUUUUUUAAGGGUUAAGGUUUAAAAUGAGAAAUGAUAUGAUGCAAAAGUACAUGUUCAGCGGUAGCUUUUAUUUGAACGGACACGAUAAUGAUAAUUCGGAGAUAAUCUUUUAUAUCGGCACCAACGAUAACCAGUUUGUGCCUCAUGUUCUGGUCAAAGAUGUGCGCCUGAGGUUAGAUCAAUUGUGAAAAACUACAAGAAAAUCAUGUGGUAAAUGAAAAAAGGUUGCGAGGGCUAAUUCGACUCGCUCCUCAGCCGAAGUAGCCUGAGUAUCAGGCCUUCCUUAGGGGAGAGGGGAGAGGAGAUUAAAGAGGGCAGAGAGGAGAAGGGAGAGGGGGGAUCAGCAAAGGACAGAAGGUCACUUUUCUCCCUUCGCUGGUCAGGUAAGAGGGUAACAUAUAGGUAGGAAUUGAGAAUUUAUGACACACACACAAAGACGGAAAACUCAAGGGAAACGAAACGAACAAGAAAACGUAAAGAAAUCAUUCACAGGGCUGUCGCUAACAUUUCAAGUUGCCGGGCAUGUAUAUGUGAUUAGCAGGAGGGGGAUUGUAUAGCCACGAAGUUCUUCUGGCUCUAUUUUCCUUUUGUUUUCUAUGAAAGUAGCCGGGGAAAAUCCCCGGCCCCCGACUCUUUGUGACAGCCCUACAGAAAUGAAAAAAAAAAAAAAAAAACGUAAAGAAAUGAAAACAAAUGUAGCGUCAUAAUAGCGCGACACAAAAGAACACAAGAUCUCAGAUUUAGUUGAAAUGUACACAAUUCAUUCUGUUUAAAUAAAGAAAAAGAUAUAAACAACUUAUUUAAAAGUUCUUUGCAUUGCUAGUUCAGUUCUUUUACGACUAUUACAAAUUCACAAGUCUGUGGACGGUUCAUAUGAGACGAUUGUUUCUCGGGCACUAUUUCAAAAAAGUUUCUACUUGUGGGGUUAAUUGAGGCGUCUAAACAAACUAUGAGUGUUAGAUGACAACUGAAACUUAAAAAAAGUUUAGCCUUCCUGUUUUAUAAGAGAACAUGAUCCCGUAAAAUCUUUCCGGGAGGGUAUGAUGGUGAUAUGACUGAGAAUGUUUGCUUUGGCGACGUUUUGGAGAGGGUCUCGAUUAGGCGGGCAGUUUUCCGACAAGUUAUCAUUCUCAUUAGCUUUGGAUUUAUCAAUAUCUUUUGCUGUUUAACUCGCCAAUGUUUUAUCUAUUGUUAAAUAUUUCCAGAAAGAAAAGCUGUGUUAUUUCACGUUAUCAAUAAUUGUUUUCCUUAAUGUUAUAGAGUCAAUUUAAGCAUUCAGAUUUAUUGACAAAACACAAUUUUAGACUUUCUCUCGAAGACAGCAAGAAAGGAAUUUUGAGCUAGUGGCGGUGGUUCGAGAAUCAGCACCCCUCAGUUCUGGCACUUGGCCAGCAUUUGACGGAAUGUUAUAUUGGGGUAUUGCAAGCGCUAACUCUACAUUUAUGUUUCGAUGACACUGUGUGCCAACAGUUUUUUUAGGGUUAGAAAACAUAGUUGGGAAUUGCUAAGUUGUAUUCAAAACGCUCGAAAAUUUUGAGAGGCGAGUUAACAAAAUCUUUGCCACUGGACAAAGACAGAUAUUGAUAUCCAAUUCGGUCACCAAGAAGUGGAAUGCUGAACGUUCCCAAACUUUUAGCUAACGAUCUUUUGGCUUGUGCCCUUUACAUGGCUUUGUAAGAAGGAAGAAACUAUAUUUUCUGUCUCACUGUGUCUGUUUGUGUCCACUAGACUGGAGAUCGUCUUGGCACUUUUUUCGAUUUUUAGGGAGCUUUUGUUGGUACGCCAACUUAUGAAGAUUAAGUAUUUAACCCAAGAGCGUCUAAAAAGAAAACAUAUCCAGUUUGCCCUUGAAAAAAUAUUGACAACAGACUAGUCAAUAGCGCGUCAGUCAAGGUCUGCGUCUCAUAGAAAUGUCCUGAGUCCUAACAAAGACGACAAAAUAAACGUAAGAAAUGCAUGUAUAUUGAACGUCACGUUCAAACUCAAUAAUAAUUUUUGGCAACUUUGCCGAAGUUUCUCUAGGCCAAGAAUUUAAAGUAAUCUGAAGAGGAGUUUUAUGAACUUAUCCCGGAUCAGCUGAACAUAUUUUGCAUAGAAUGACAUUCUUACCCUGGUAUAAACGCACGGAAGCGGACCUUUACACGUUCAAUCGAAAGCGAAAAUAACAACUCUUAGACUUACUGGUUUGGUCCCGUUUGUGUCAGUUCUCUCAAACCGUGAAAACAAGAUUCAAAAUUUUGUUUUUGUAGCUCAUGUAUAUUGUUGUUAUAAUCAUCGGGAGGAGAAAAAUAAUUUCACAUAAUAAUCUUAGAGUUCUUUGCCUAUAUAUCGAUAAAAGCGUCUGUGGACAUGAGCGUUUGAAUGUGGGAAAUUAUUUGACACGAAACAGCUAUUUUAUAUUAUUGCUUCUUUCAAGGCCCUUACAGUUUACAAAACCAUUGUCACCACUGAGACUGAACAUCAUUUCUCUCAAGCACCAGUAGUUGGAAUGGCUGGGUUGUUGGAGAUUCAGGGGCACCCAACGACAACUUUUGGAAAAUAUCUGUUCGGAAAACGAUUUGGAUCGAUUUCAGUUGCUAUGAAAACAAACAACCUUAUGGCCAUUCUAGAUCACCCUCUUUGUACACAUAAUUUCUUUUGAAAGCAAAAUACCCUAGACAAACACUUGACCACCAUCGAAGGAGCAUGUCAGUUGAAGAAACCGAGACAUUUCUCGCUGUUUUAACAUUUACUUGCAGAGCUCUAUUUUGAUGAAAAACAAUGAAUUGGCUCUGUAACGACGUUUCUUCGAUUGUAUUAGGCAUUUCAAUAAGACUGUUAGAAGUUUGAUAUUUCCGGGUCUCGUGAUCAUCUUUUACUGAAUAUUUCAAGGGAAGGUCAGAGAGGGGAGUGAGACAUCUAUAAACUACAGCUUCAUGCAGGCUAAAUGCUUUAACCCUUCUUACAAUUCUGGUUAAGGGUUAUUUCCAAUGACUCAAGUUCUACUUCGUGAUCUGCCCGGGAUAAAAACGUCUUUAGUUGCAAACGUUAGCAUUUGGGGAAGCAUUUUCGGCUUUCACCACCCCUGUCGUCAAAAAAGAGGAUAGGUUAGGAACCACAAGGAUUGGGAGGAAAGCUGGAUCAGGGACAACACUCUUAUUCCUUUAUCCAAUUAGCUAACAAUUAUUCAAUUUGGCGAGCCCGGUGUUUGGAAACAAAAUUUUCCUGAAAUCAUAGAUUGCCUGUUGUCAGAACAUAAUACCACCUAAAUCCUAUAGCUAGCUUUUGAGCCACGAUCCUAAUGACUGACUCCGUAUUGGCUAUUUAGCAGUAAGAGCAUACCAUACGUUUUCUUUUAAAAUAGAAAGAAAUAUCACCUUACGUUUUAACACUUGGAGAAAAUAAGGUAUUUUGACCUUUUGUUGCUCUUCUGGAUAAAAUGAACAGAUUCUCAGGGUAUGUUUCAAAAGAGGAAAAUUAAGUUCUUCUAUCCAAAAACCGUGGUAAUUUUAAAGAACGAAACAAUAUAAAUUAACAACUACAUUUGCAGGGGUCAUUUCCAUUUCAGCGGUUCAGAAAAGAGCAAUUGUAGGAAAGUUUGUCUGUCAUGAAAACGUAUACUGUCCAUUCUUAUUUAGUAUAUACGACACGUAGAGACUAUUUCGAAAGCUACUUUUAAAGGACCAUUAUUUAAAGAAAAUAGUAGUUUCCAGGAAUUCAAAUCCGACAUUUAGACACACUGAGGAACUUAUAAACUCAAACUAUUUUGCAAAGAGCCAAGCAAUUGCAACACGAAAGUAGGCAUUAACCGUGUGAUACUUCGUCUUUUUAUUAAAAAAGAUCACAACAAAGGAAAGGUAGUAAGAAUUAACUACCGAUAUUAUGGCGCUGGCUAUUAUGGCUAAAUGCGAAAGAAAGUAGUUCUGUCUGGAAAUCUGCGUGGGUCUCAUUCUUUACCAAUAAGUUGAAACACAUUUAUUUAUGAAAAAUAACGAUUGAGACGGCUAUUUUCCAGCCUUAACCUAAACUUUGUCGCAACUCAGAAAGUUCAGAACAAAGAGGCAAGUGUAAAAUGCCUUAUUAUUAUGGCUAAGCUGUUGAUGGUUCAGUACACAUUUGCACUGUUUCAAAACUCAUACGGACUCAUGUGUGGCACAUAAAAUGGAACCCCCGAGAGAAAACGUCAAGUUUAUUCCACAGAGUUAUGACCACCGGCGCGAGAUCUCCAGCCUAAGCUAGCAUAUAAAUAGUUGACCGAUUUUUAUUUUUCACCUUAAGCCUAAGGGUUACUCCACCACAAUGAACGCCAUUGUGGUAAUUCUUCUGACACUGGGGGCAGCUUGUAAGUAAUGCGUCCUUUCAUUUUUCAUUGAUUUCUUUUGCUAAUUUGGCGUUCACCAGAAAAUCGACGACUGCCCUGUUUCAAUUUUGCCUUCAUCUUACGUCGAUACAUUUCAUGUGCUCACUGAAAACGAUAGCUGACGCAUUCUUAAGAGCACUUUCGUCCUGUACAAAGAGCCUAUAGUAAAUUAUUUGACACUUUUCAAUUUUUGUACAUGUAGUAUAGUAGUACUGAAAGCUUAAAAUUGAGUUUAUCUUUUUCCAAAACUUCUAGUUAUAUUCUUAUGAUGUAGUUUUAUUAUUGGCGUAUCACAGCACACGAGUUCGAAUAUACACUAAGCUAAAAAGACAAACGCUUUCCGAGUGUUUCUUUUUUCAAAUUGCAUUUAGGCUGUGAGCAUUUUAUGUUAACAAUUCUUUUUUUCUUUUCUUUUCAGCUGCAAUGCCAUUAGGUAAGUAACAACUGAUACCAUUGUGUACUAUUACUAUACCAGCGACAAAAGAACCUCUCGUAAUGUGAGCUUUCCUCACGCGAAUUACUUAUGAGCUAAAAAAUCUCACAAGAAGAUCACUUAGCUUUUCUUUUCACUUUGGCUAGUUUCCUUUCAUUUUUCAUUUCUUACUUUUGAAACUUUGGCGUUCAGAGGGAAAUGAUGUCUGGCCUGUUUCAUAAAAAAUGUCCCGGGUUUUCAAAACAAUUUAGACAGAUUUCCUACUGAUGCCGAUACACCUUGUACGUUUAGUUAUAACUAAAAAAGAUAGCAUUUUUGUUUCCAGGCUUCCAGAAGGGCAAAAGGUACACGUACAGCUACCAAAGCGAGGUUUCACAUGCCAUUCCUACUGGUUCCCAGAAGACCCUAGGGUUGCGAGUGAAAAGUCAGGCGCAUGUUGAUGUAAUAAAGAAGACGCAGAUACAGAUUACGGUUAGUGCUAGUUCAGUAGUUCAACCAUCAUGGACAAGAGUGCGGCAUGGUUGGAAAGAGUAAAAACGUAUUAGUGCCUCAUUUUAUCGAUUAUAUUUUAAUGCUCAACUGAAAAUUCAACUUGGCUCUCUAUCAGGUAGCCCUCACUCACCAACUCGAUCCAUUCACCCUUCUCCCUGUCAGUGAUCCAAUUUUAUGGAACAACAUUGGAAGAGAGUGGUGGGGACCAGAGGUGGAAGGCAAAUUAAUUAAAAGUGACAAGUCCUUACUUACUAAAUUCUUAUUUUCUAUCUUUGGGUUAGACAAAGCCUAAAUUAUAGGAAAAUAUCCAAACAGUGAAAGUAUACUUCCAGUUUUCUUCACUUUCGUUGUAUUUGUCGUUCUUGGGCCUUCUUCAUCUCUUUUUCUUUUGACGUACUGAUGUUUUUAUUCGUAAUCAGUGUUAGUUAGAACGAAACAACGUUUUAGACUUAAUAAUUGUAUCCAGUUUGUUUCAAUCCAAACCCAAGGAUAAUAGUGUGAACUAUUUAAGAUAUGCCAUUGCCUUCAAUCGGGCUCGGGCGGGCUUGGUUUCUACCAACGAAAUUACCACCUUGUUUUCACAGAAAGAAAUAUUUAAAAUGAAAUUACAUUUUACCCAUAAUGAUUUCUUUGGUUAUAUUUCAUUAGCUGGCAAACGUUCAAGUCCUUCAAGUGACUGGAAACCUCCGAGACUCAAAAGAACAAGAGAAACCAGCAGAUGAGAAGAUCUUACAGGCAAUGCAAAAGAAACUGUCCCUACCCGUGAAAGUCGGUUUCAAGCCACAAGAUGGUAGCAUUAAGGAAAUCAAAGUGCACCCUAAAGAUGAAGAAUGGUCGCGGAAUAUCAAACGAGGUCUCGCUAACCUGUUCCAGAUCUCAGCGAACAUAAAACUGGAGGAGAAAAAUGGCAAACAGUUCAUUACCCAGCACGAGGUUAGAAAAAGUUCGCUGAUAAUUAGAAUUGACUGUAAAACUGUAUCCAAAUCUUUCUCGUCUUAUUUGCAAUUUGCACAUAUCCAAUAAUAAACCUUCUUUGGCCCACAAAAGUUCGCAUAAGCAUAUUGUCUUCAAUUUCUCUUAGGACAACUGUAAUACCCAGGAGAAAUGAAAAACAAAGGUUACUCAGAGUUUUGGGGGGGAAACAAGGUAUAUUAUGGGAGAUGUGCAGAUGGCAAAUUCGUAGACUGUAUGGACUUUGACAGUCUCAUAGCUCGAAGUGCUUUGCAUUAACAUUGUCAUAACGGAAACAAAGAUUUUUUUUCGUCUUUUAGGCUACAGCAGUAGGUGAUUGCCAGGUAUCUUACGUCGUCAACCUAGAGAACAGCCAACAAGGAAAGAAAGACCAAGUUUGCAAGAUUACCAAGGUGAUCAACUAUGAGAAAUGCAGGCAACGCCCUCAGUUUACCCAGAAUACCUUUUAUGGCCGCAACUGCGAUGGCUGUCAGCAGGUAAAGAUGGAAUCAAAUACUUUAAAGCUGUACUGAUAUUGUAAUAGAGCAAUUUUUCUUUUUUGCGUUACAACAAAAGAUUUUUUGUGAUAUCAACCGCCUCUUUUUUAUACUAAGAUCAGAUUUUGACUAAAAAGUUUUGUACAUGUGUAAAAAAGACAGUUAGUAGUCAAACAGCCUGUUCCAAGCUCCGAGAUAAUCCGAUGCGCGAAAUUGAGAAAGCGCGAACAAGAAAGUAAAACGGGAUGAAACUGGGGAAAGGAAGGACCACCGCCACCUUUUCCCGGAUCACGCGGUCAUAUUCUUGUGUGCCUUUCAUUUACGCAUCAUCCCGGCUAUCUGAGAGCCUGAAACAGACUAGAAGAGAAAUGUUUCGUAAAAAUUAAUUUUGCCCUCAUCAUGGUGCGAUUAACCUCGCGUUAUAAUGAACGACUUAUUUUUCAGAGCAUGGGCUAUGCACCAUACCUCCGCUCGGUCGGACAAAUUGACCACACUUUGACAGGCUCAAAAGUUGAUGGUUUCGUUAUCAGUAGAACUGAGGCUUUUGAACAACACGUGAUCACUCCAUUUUCUCGGUCAGGAGGACAGGUCACUGCAUCGUCCAGGUACAAAUAUGUUAUAGUUGUUCCAUAAUGCCCUAUACUCUAAAUGCAUACAAGACUUGUCUCUGCUGUAAUUGGCUACCAAACCUGUUUUACAUGUAUAAUAGAAAGUAUGCUUGACUUACUCAGAGACUUAGCACAAAGAAUUCAGAUGUAUCUUUGGCUGCUCAUAGAAAGCUCUAUCGUUAAUGUUGACUCAAUACAGUAUUCAAGGUUUGAAAUACUGCCAGAAAUUUCAGUAUUGUUCUUAAAAGCGAGCCUUACCAUAGCCCUUUUGAAUAACAAAACUUUAUAUAAGGUGGUUAAUUGCACAUGAUCAUGAUUUAAUAUUUUGAAUAAUAUUGUAAGCAUGGAAUUCAAAAAGAUUGUAAGAAUUCUUAUAAAAAAGAUGUCAGCUGUCAUUACAACCUGAGCAAAUAUUCUUCUAAGAUAAGUUUUAGCUGAAAAAGGUCAAAAUGAUUGGUGGGUGUUUGCUUUACGUUUGAAUAAUGACCAGGCUAUUGUUUACUCUUUAGUUACGAUAUUUCCAAUGCAUAAAUCCUACACAAAGAACAAAAAUGACAUAAAUAAGGAGGUGACUGUACAAGGAUUGACAGAAAACUACAAAAGAGACAGUUCUGUUAUUGUUUUAAAGUUCAACUUUUUAAUUCUCUCUGCUCCUUUCAACAAAAACCAGACAAAUGUUACAGUUCCAGAAAACAGAUGCUGUGGGAAAAGACUGUAAGUAUCUCAAGUUGUUAAAGAUAUCUCUUACUUCGAUCUUAACUCAAAGUUCUUACCGCAGAAUUUUCUAGGCUGGGGUCCACGACACCCAUAGAGAAGGUAAAAGGGGGUCAUAAGAGAGAAAAGUGGGUCACAAUCUUUAGAUACAGUUAACUCAACUGAUUGGGUGUUUUCUAAAGAUGCCAUGUCCAAUUAAAUUUUGGCUUAUAUUGAAAGGAAAUUUACGUAUGGGUACAUUUGUUUGUGUACGUUUUGUAAUAGGUUUCUUUUCCUUCUUUGCGCCUUGAGAGCCCUUGGGCUAACUAUAGUGCAGCAUUUCCCGGAAAAAGGCGACAGUGCCGCAAUGCUGCCGCAGUCUGGUAAGAACACUGUUAACUUCAGCAGAAACUGGUGGAGUGACACCCCAGGGGGGUGGGGGGAGUACUUCCUAUAACUGCCUAUAGAGGGAGGUACCUCAGGCUUUACUUAUGAAAGGGUAGGGAUUUCACUACCUGAAGUAUAGAGAAAGGGUAUGGAAAUCUGUCAUUUCGGUAUGUAAAAAGACUCAAAGAGCUAAGAGAUGCAUUUUAUGGCCGUGAAGAAAUGCUGAGAAAACGUUCUGCUUUUGUGAUUAUUAUUUUUAAAAGCCAGUGCAUUUACAGGAGUUAGAACGGAUUCAAAGUUCUAAGCUGGGUAUGUGAAAGUGGUACCAUUGUCCAUAGAUGGUAUAUGAAAUGUUUCCGUCAAAAAAUGAACAUGUGAGAGUACUAAAUUAACUUUAGAAUAACCAAAUGAUCAGAAAUUAUUUUACUUAAUUAGCCCCUGAAGUGACCAAGUUAAUCAGCCAGACAUGUACCGCUGAAGAUCCCGACAAAAGCGCCCGCGAUGACGUUCAACACCAAAAGUCAUUAGUUCAACAGGUGAGAUACCCAGGAACCGUCACCCGAAAAUAGAAUUAUGGUAAAGUAUCAGUCAAUUUAUAGUAGCUCUUCUGUGAGUGGUUAUGGAAAAGUACUUUUGCAUUUAUUGGCCUUGCUCAAAAUCCCCCAAAAAUCGUCCUAUAAGAAGUUUAUACAUCACAAAUUGGGACCCCAGUUAUUCAAAACUCAAUUAGUUACUACAUGAUAAAUCAGCCAUAAUUAUGUCCUCAAUGGAUAAAAAAAAAAAACUUUGAUCAUACAAUACUUUUUGAUUUUGAUAGGCACAAAAAUUGAUUGACGAAAUGUGCAAAGCAGCUAAAGAUCCAGUCAGACAGCAGGCAGCGCAGAGGUUUACCGCUGUUGUCCUACAGUUAAGGAAAUGUAACAAGGACUCACUAAAAAUGGUGGUUGAUGACAUGCUUGAAAAACAGGAUCCAGUUGAGAGGUACAGAUGAAAGGGCCUCUAUAUGAUUCAGCAAGAGAGACUGUGAUCACAGAGACUAUAGUUAUUCCAAAGCCAGCUUUUGCAAAUCUAACUCUACCUACUACUUCUUGCCAAUAGUCAAAGAAGACAACACACUAUUUCUGCAAGUCAACAGUUUUCAGUUUCUGUUAUACAAUAACUGAGGAACGUCUAACGCGCUUAUUGGUCGAAAGCUAUGUUCUAUGAGUGUUUUUACAAUAACUGAGUGAUUUCCUGCGCACCGAUCAGUCAAGAGCUAUGAUCGAUAAGAGUUCAUCCUUUAAAUUCAUCGUCGAAUAAAAAAUAAUAGUUGAUCUCCUCCAGAAAUAAGAUGUGACAAGAAACUUUUAUUAUAGCCUUAUCAGAGAUUCGUGUUUUACUUUCCAGAAAAUAUUGUUUGGAUGCCCUGUCUUAUGUGGGCACCUCUGAGGCUUUCCAAGUCUUGAAGCAAAAGAUCAUCCAGGACAAGAAAAUUAGCAAACAAGAAGAACUUAAACGAAUGCUUCUAGGAUUAGCCUCUGCUCCUAGACCCACCGUUGAGCAUAUUCAGGCUGUUUGGGUAGGUUAGAAUUCAUAGCUUGAGCUGACAACACUAAGAUCAAGUAAUCAUCAAACCCUGCUGAGAAUGCAAAAACCAACAAACCAAACAAACGAACAAAAAGUUGCAACAUGUUGUUGAUAUGAUGCUUUCCAUAAUCAGUUAGUAGUGCUUUAGAUCAAGGACCUAAUUUCAAUUGGUGAAUUGUAAGAACACUGUAUAGACCAAUUUCCCAAUCGGAAAUGUCACAGACUACAUACUAAAAACGUAGCACUUUAUGCAUAAACAACACAGGUUUCCUUCAUAGACUAGUUCCUGUGAAAGAUUCCUCAGCUCAAUCAAUUAACUCUGAUAAUCUAAUGUUUCACAUAUGGCAUUCAUGAUAGAAAGUUUAGAAGAAAAAAAAACAACCCCCCCUCCCCCCACAACGUUUUGGUAUUGACCCUGUUAUAUAUUUUGUACUUUUUUUAGGCGCUUUGCGAACAAUUUGCCGCAUCUAAGGAUAUCACGAAUCACCGUCACUGUUUCCUCUCUUUUGGGGCUCUUGUACACAAGAUAAAUCAGCGAUCAAAUCUACAGCAGGACACAAAAACUAUAACUACCUGUCAGCAGCGUAUCAAGGUUUUGAACACCAUUCAUUGCAUUCAUUGAAAGCGUUUUUAAUCCUAGGUUAAUCCAAGCUAUAAUUAUUAUGGCUAUAAAAUCAAUCGUUUUAUUUCAAUUGUUCUUUUCGUUGCUAACAGCUCGUCGCAUUUCACGGUUUAAGCGAUUCAAAAAUGGUGAUAUUCACAAAGCAAAUUAUUAUCAAGCGGAAAACUUACAGUUCCAUUUUAAAAACUGUGUCCAUAUUUUGUAAGAAUAGGAACUGCUACCCAGCGCUAUAACCGUUACAUGUUUAUACUACGGUGUAUAUCAUGUGGCAUUGUUAAUUAAUUUACUAACACAUAUCUUAAUGAAACUGUUUUUGCCUCCAGGAUAUACUGGACCGACUUAAAGACCCUAACACAUCACAAGAAGACAGACUCACCUAUAUCAAGGCUCUUGGGAAUGCAGGAAGUACCGAGGCUCAGCAACAGCUUCUUGACAACUUUAAGGACCAGACACAGCCCCUUCACAUCAGAAUUAACUGUGUAUGGGCUCUUAGACGCAUUGCCUCUCAGUCUAGAGAACAAGUAAGUGAUUUCAAUUAGCUUGUUCAGUUAUUAUGUUGGGGUCCAUAUUUAACACACUCAGUAUAUCUUAUUAUCUUAAACAUUUUCGUUUUCGGUCAUCCCAUAGCUCGGAAGGGGCAGGACCCUAAAAAUGUUUGAGAUUCAAGUUGCUACUUUUUCCUCCCCUGUUUGGGAAAUUUGACACAACCUCACUCAAUAACGCAUUUGCUUGAAAACCUAUUAUGAAAUACUAAAACAACAUGUAGAUAAGUUGUUAAGGUUAUUCCAGUGGCCAACACCAGUCUCCAUCAGGGUAAUACGAGCAGAUUAGUGGCAAUUCUUCUUAAGUAUCUACUUAAAACAGUGACCAGACAGAGCAAUGAAGAAAAUAAAACACAGAAUAACAAAAAUCAGAUAACAACGGCAAAGUUAACAACAUCAGAAACCUUGAGCUUCUACGCAUUAAGAAUUAACCUUUUUAGCCAAUGGUUCGGCAUCAAAAAAAUAACAUUAAUGACAGUCCGUGCUAACUACAACAAAAGUGUGGGAAAAGAUAUGUCCCACUAAUGUGUUCAGGAUUGUGAAAAAAACAAUUUUUACAUCAUCUUCAAACAUAUAUAUUUGCAGACUUAUCCAAGGCUUAUUUCUACUUUUGCUGAUGCGAAAGAAAAUCCAGAACUUCGAAUGGCUGUUUUCCUGCUGAUGCUGAACUCCAAACCGAACUUUGCUACAAUGCAACUCUUAGCCAAUACCCUAAGGCGUGAGAUGACCAAUCAAAAACAAGGCCCUCGCAGCAACCAACUUGCAUCUUUUGUUAUCUCUCAUCUGUUCUCACUCGCCUAUCACAGCAAUGUGCUCAUGAAAACCAGGUAAUUAAUGGGCCCAACUUUGACAACUUUUCAGACAAUAACAAUCUAAUAACCAGUGUAAUGGUUUUUAUUGCCAGUCAAGCCACUAAGACUCGGGCAUAAGUAAGUGGAUAAGUGAGUGGGGAAGUUUGUGCAAUUCAGUGUAGUAGUAUAAACAGAUAAUAGCAUGAUUUGUACAUGAUAUUUGGUAUAAAUACCACUUGUGAUAUUUCAAAAUUGUUUCAAAAUUACGUAUGACAAUUUUGAAAUAUCACUCGUGGUAUUUAUGCCAAAUAUCACUACAAAUCUUGCUAUUACCUACACUAAUUCAGUGUAUAACGAGUUUAAUAAGAGAGAAAGGGUUUGACAUAGCCACGAUCAAUUUUUAUCAAAAGCGAAAAAUCAGCAGUAUCUUUAUCGCUUUUUAGCCUUGUUUUAAGCAUAAGCCUAGUGAAAAUUAGUAUAUUUAUCAGUGAAGUAAAAUAUAGCUCCUACAGUACAAGAAAGUGCAACGUUAUCUUCAUUCCCCGAACGAACUGAACACAUCAGAGAGAAUUUUUGAAAUUUUAAAUAGCUGUUACGGUCGCUGGUUAUCGAGUCUGUUAUUCAGUCUGAGUAAUGAAUUUCUCUUUUUGCAAAACACUGUUGGUUCCAAUUCCAACUCGCCAAGGUAAAUUCACAAUUUUUAGAUAGCCUGCCGAUCACUUUGCCUUAGUUCUGCAAACCAACAGUAUGUCCAGCUAGCUUUUGUUUUCGUUUGAACUGUUAAUUUUUUAAAUAUCCCCCGUACCAUUUAAACAUGUUUCAAACAUGUUUCAUGCGACCCAACAAAACCUGGGAACCAGAAUUCUAAGGUCCAUGACGUAUUCUCGUAUCCGGUGCUUGAACCAAACACUAAAAUCGACUAGUGCUCGUACCCAGGAUUUUCACAAGUUCAGUUAAGGUUGCGUUCUCCUGACGUCGAACGCAAUUAGCCAUACUCUACAACAACUGCAAGGCGUCUACCCAAGCUUACAAUGACAGCAAAUAGUUCCAGAACGGUUUAAAACAAAAAUAAAGACUUUUCUGUCGGUAUGGAUUAUCGACUAUUCUGGUAUACUAAGUUUCAGCGUGACAGGAGAGAAAAACUAACUUCGGAAUUGCUGUUAUGUGCCUUAUUGAGAAAGGAACCGACGAUUGUUGCAGGUCGAUGCAGGCCCGUCUGGCAAUGAGAGUUUUGCCAAGAAUGAGUUUCGGACUGGAAUACUCGAAAGGAAUGAGAUGGGCCCAGUACUCAGGUGGGUAUAUAGAACUCACGGCCGGAAGAGAAUGACGAUUUCAAUAAACGUUUCUGUCUUUGUCACAUACUUCCUUUCGUUACGGUCACAUGUAGUUAGUUACAACCAUACUCUAAGCAGCAUCACUGCACCCAUUGGGCAGAUUUUUCGGCGGAGAAGGGCAAGUCACUAAUCCCCCCGCACCGUUGAUUUGCUUUGAUCAGUCGAACCUUCCUCAUACAAGUUAUCCGCACUUGAAUUCUGUGUUGUGAUUGGUCAUUGAAUUGUUUGCAUUUGUACAGCUUGAAAUCUGCUGAGUAAGACUGACUUUGGUUUUUCAACAGAAAAGUUCCAGGUGGGAUUUGAGUUCGAGGCGAACAAAUUCAAUGUCCCCGAUAGCAUGCUUCCCAGAAACAUGAAUGCACGAUUGCAGCUGAGCUUACUGGGCUACAAGAUGGAUGCAAUUGAGGUAAUUAAUAAAAGUAAAUAAACUACGCCGUGCUGUAUUAGCCGGAGAAAACAGCCAACGUCUCGCGACGCCAACACUGGUUUCCCCGCGAAAUGGCGUCUGAGAAACAAGCGUAGAAAUUCCAUACUGAUGACGCGUCACUACCCACAUCUGGAUAGUGUUUCUGAUUGGUUUUAAAUUUGUUUCAUCCAAUCAGAAGCACUACCGACAUCUUGGUAGUGACAGGUCAUCAGUAUGGAAUCUCUGCGCACAUUCCUCAGACGCCACUUAACGAGGAAACCAGUGGCGGCGUCGCGAGACUUCGGCUGUUCACUCAGGCUAUGUUGACUUUGUUGUGGAAGAUUAAGAGUUUAAAACAUUAACGUCCAGUUCUGUCCAAAGAAAAAAAAAACUAGAAAAAUAGGCGGACUACCGCGCUGAUAAAGGAGUUAGAUCAAUGCUGACUAUGAGUGAUUAAUAAUAAUAAUAAUCUAAUAAUAAUUUACCAAUUUAUAUAGCGCGUAUUUACAUGUGCUGAUCAAUAGCGCUUUGCAAUCAUAUGUUUAAAAGAAAACGAAAAUACAUUACCGUGAUAAUAAAAUAAACUAAGUUACAAACUAUAAAAAUGCUUCUUAAAAAGAUAGGUUUCAAGUCGAGAUUUAAAACUGUUAAGUGAUGUUGCUUGACGAAGCUCCACAGGUAGCUCACUCCAGAGUUUCGGAGCUGCUGCUGAGAAUGAUCUUGCUCCCAACGGUUGUAAGCAUCUUUCCCUUGGGAUGGUCCACUAAGAGCUUACCAGUAGACCUAAGAUUAUAUAAUGAAUUCGAUUUUAUACUAAUAAGAUCGCAAAGAUAAGUUGGCGCAUAGUUAAUAGGGGAUGGUCCACAAAGUUCUUUGUUGUAAGGCCUUGAACACAAAAGUUGUUUACCAGUAGACCCAAUAGAAACGGCUGGUUACGUAUAUGCAUAACGUAUGAACGCAAAACAAAAGAUUUUAUACCUAAUAAAUCUUGGCAUCUUUGUUUGCUCCUUUGAUGUUUGCCGGGCUUCAUAACCAGUCACCUCCAUUAACUAUGGUUGGCGCUAGGCCAUAAAUACAUUUGAAAGUCAAAAGUAAAAUCUUAUAAUCAAUACGCAAAGAAAUGAUUGUGAUUGAGUGAUUACAAAGGAUUCCAGCUUCAACGUUCCGUCCGCCACUCUGUGGCUCAAUUGUUUUUAAAAACUUUAGUAUUAGUUAAUGUUUUAAGAUCUCUCAGAAAUGAAAAUAAUAAUUUCUGCCUGAAUUUUUUUCCUUCAAAUUUUGUCAUUCCAUAUGUAUUCUACCGUUUUUAUUGCUUUCAGUUUGGCUCUCGUGUUGAAAACUUAGACGAUGUAAUUGAACAAGUUAUAUCCAAGGUUCGCAGGCGACAGAAACGAUCUUUAUUUGAUUCUUUUUGGCCGUCCUGGUUCAGCCGCAACGUUUCUGAUGACGACAGCAACACUACUGAGAAACCAACAGGACGUUCAACUCGCGCCGUUUCGAAGUCUAUGUCUAGGCGCCGCCGUGUAAGUGUAACGAAAAAAAACACUUACCACCAAACAUCGUCCCGUCCAACGACUCGUCCCACAACUCGUCCAAUGACGACCCGCCCAAGCUAUUCAGUUAAGCAAGCGGUAAGUCUUUCAUUUCUUAUGACUAGAAAAGUUCAAAAACUCGCGCACAGUCUCAUAAAGACAUCUUACUCAACAUAUAUUAUUACUUUCAACGGCUUCCUCAUCGAUUGUAGUAGAAGCCUCGUAUUUCUGAUUUGAUCGAAAAUUCACUAACAAUAGACUUUUUUGAAAAUGAAAGAACGCAUCGAAAGAGAGGUUAAUGACACAAAAAUAGGGGCCAUACCAAGGAAAAGGAAGGAAAAGGUCCACGAAAAACAGGGGCCAUACCAAGGGGAAGGUCACGAAAAAUAAAGGCCAUACCAAGAGGAGGGUCCACGAACCCCUCAUCCAACCCUCGUUGUAUAGAGCCUUACUGAUGGGCAAAAAUGACUGUACUCCUUUCCAAAGAACAUAGACACUGACGCUGUCGUGGAAAUUUUUGUUUAAAAGGUACCUCGAUACCAGUUGCUCAUUGACCUUCUGUCGACAACGUAAGAAAUACUGAUACGACCUUGACAAAGCCUUGUAUUUAAUUCUUUGUAGAAGAAACAACAACGUGCAUCUGUUUACAUGAAACUGUUUGGUGACGAAGUGAAGUUUGCAGAAUUGACGCAAGAGCAUGUCGAUCAGCUCGCAAACGAUAUUGCAGAUCUGCUUCUUGGGAAGAAAGAUCGUAUUGAAUACCCGAGUUUAGGUAAACUGCUGAUCUAACUACUCUCAUCGGUUCUCACCUAUAUACCGUAAGCUCCCGCUUAUUUUUCUUUUAUACUUGACUACAUCCACAGUUGUCAUUUUUCUUGGCUAUGGCCUGCACCUUAGGCGGCUUGACUUUUAAACUUGAUUUUAUUUACAACUUUGCAACCGUUUAUUGAUUCAAAAACAACUAAAAAGGAGUUUUUUCCUUUGUUUUCUUAUCCUUCAGGUAUUGUUAUUUCUAAAGAUGGUGUUGCCAUUAACCAAAACCAACAAAAGGCAAUGCUGCUUGCUAACGCUCGACACAUCCUCCCAACACUGGCUGGAAUUCCGCUGGACUUACAGCUCAGGUCUUCAGCUGCACUCAGCAUGAACACAGUCGCAAAUGUAAACAUCGGAGCAUCACUACUAAGUUUCUGGUAUUUCAAGAAAUUUAACGGCAACGUCGAGAUUAAUCCAAGGUAAAAACAUUUAUACUAUAAGCCAAAGCCAUUAGCUCAGUUCUCGAACCAUUGAAAGCCAUUAGUUCUCAGUUCGUAGAUUCAGUUUUUUAAGUACCCCAAAACAAAACUUAAUAAAUGGCCUUACCAGUAAUAAGUUCCUUAUUUAGGUCGCUUAUCGGUGGUUAGAGCGUCCAACAGUCGUUUGGGAGUCUUUGGUUACGAAUCAGGGGUCCGUUUCUCGAAAAUUCCGGUAACAUUUUAGGUCCGAAGGCAAAUUUUGAAAUCAAAACCAGUUGAAUAGUAGCGUAGUUCCUAGCUCACAAACCGGACGAUUUUGGUUUGUUAACUGAUAGCUUCUUAUUGUUAUUCUUAAAAUUAUUGAACCUUUGAUCUUGAAUGCAAACCCGGCAAACACAAAACAGCUGUUCGGCCCCUAAAAGUUAUCGGGACUUUCGAGAAACAGGCCUCAGAUCAGCAACUUCAUUCUCUUCAUUUUUCCCACCGAUCCCUCCUCUAACCUAAUAUCGUAUCCUGAGUGAGCAGUUAGACUUAACGCUGGAUUAACGCUGGGAAGGGUUGGCUCUCUCCUCCGCGCCUUAGGAAAAAAUGAAAGCGCGCGGGAGACGAUGGGAUACCCAGCGGGAGUCUAUGCGGAGAGGAGAGGAGAGGAGGGGCUGGGCAGUUUCCCCUGAAUCUUACACUACUCCAAAUAAUUAUAACUGUAGAUUUAUUUAUUUACUUAUUCUUCUUUUAUCGCUUGAGGGUGAAAAAACGUCUCCUGUGACAAUUUGACAGAUACAGCUCUUUUUUCUAGAGGAUCCGACAUGUAAAUUUUCAUGUAACAAGUUUUGGGUCAAGCAGCACUUCACUGAACGGUUCAAACAAUUGGCUGUGAAAACAAUAGAAACGGUGACUUAACAAUGCCCCUACCCCUGAAAACAAAUGGCAAUAUUUUUUUACUCGACCACUGAAAUUAGAUGUUCAUGUGAGGUACUGGACUACUGGAUAUUUUGUUUCAGUGUUCAUGUCCACGCUGAUUCUCGCAUUGGAAUCCAUACUCCAUAUCUGCGCGUCGGACUACGGAUGAGAAAGACUGCACAGUCUGAUCAGAAAGUUCACUUUACAGUGGAGUCUGGAAAACAGUACAAACUAACCUACAACAUUCCACAAGACCGUCGAGAUGUCGCGCAUGUCAAGUAAGUCAAUCAAGAAAAAGUGUACACAACAGGUUUCAUCUCGAAGCGUGUUCUUUUGGUGUUUUUCUACAUUGUAGGUUUCUGUCGAACGCGCUUCUUCUUUAAACAUUAGUCUUUCAAAGUAAAAGUCAUCGUGAUUGGUUGUUAGGCUCUCUUGUCAAAAAGUAUAGCAAUAAAAUCUCCAACAAGGGGGAACUAACCUUUUGAGCCUGAAUCGUGACGUGAUAAAAGAGGGUUGGAUCUUAAAUACUGUAGGUUGAUAAUCACAUAUUGAUGAAGUAAGGAUUUCGGGGAGGCAGUCCGCACAGCUCCACCUGAAUUUUCCAGGGUUAUUUCCUCCUCGGGAUGAAAAGUUGAAAUAUCGAUUUAAUAACACCCACUGCAAGUGAAAAUUAGGGCAUUUUGAACUCUGUCUGAACCAGGAGUCUCGGACUAAGAAAGAUAAAAGUCAAAUGUAAGAUUUUCUCUGUAAAUUAAUUUUAAGGGCAAGUACGCAGGGAUUCGCUGAACAAUAUAACCCAGAGACUUGUGAGCGCACGGAACAACAGAUUUCAAUGGACCUAACCACUAGUCAUCUUAAACGAGUAAGUCAAAUCUUGAAAAAAAAUUGGAGAACAAACUAAUAUGACGGUUUAUUUCUUUCAGUUUUAUGUCGAAUUAUUUGUAGACAUUCGUUAAAUUCAGAAGAAGUACGUAGAAUGUGCAAGGACAAAAUGAUUGAAGACAUCAAUGACUACUACAAAGGAUGAUUUCCACCUCUACUGUGCACCAAAACCAAACACAGAGAGCUGUCCCUCUUAGAUUUAAAGACAUCGAAUUUUUAGUAGCGACAAACCCACGAAAUAAUUCAGCAAUUAACUAACUACGAAAGAAACUACCCUGUCCCCUUUUGUGGAUUGGCAGCCUACCUAUAUGUUUUCGUCCAGGAAUAAAUGGGAAAUUUUCAAACACUUCAGUUAUUUCCUUUGUUAUCUAAGGUGCAAAGGUCUUGUGCUGGUCAGGACAUGUUCGGUGUUCAGUUGUGCGCAGAAGCACAAGUCCCCGACAUUCCAUCACUAAGACUUCAACAACUCCCAGUCCUUUCAGCUUUUGGUCAAACAGAUGUUCGCCUAUCUAUGGAACCUUCUUCCGACAAACCAGCCUCAAUUCAGUUGACAGGCGUAGUCAAGAAUGAUGAAAAAGGUCAGAGAGAUGAGUUUUCUGGGUAUUUACUUCGUAUACCGGACACAAAUGACGUAAAACAAAGAACAAAGACCAUGAAACAAUACCAAACAGAAUUUUCUCUGAACAGAAAAGAAAGAGGUCUUUUGUUUUACGUCAUCUGUAUCCGGUACACUAAGUUUUGACCGGUUUCUGGGUAACUGACCAUCUACCCCUCCCCUAAGUCACAAUUUUGCCUAAGUGAGUACUAAGUGUUAAAUGAGACCUGGGAGAGGGGUAGGUGAUCAGUUAUCCAGAAACCUCAAUCGCUCGGUCAUGUUUAUGACAAGUGCACAGCGGAACUAUCAGCUGACAUGUACUGCGGCAUUACACAAAAUUUUAUUGUUAGUAUUUUACUGAGAAGUUUGAAUAUGUUUUAACUAAAAUCUUUGAGCACCCUUCGAAGGUUAAUGGUUAUUCCUUUGGUUCUGUAGCAAUGCAAGCCGAUGGUGAAAUCAGUGCCUCGUCAAAAACCGUCCAGCGACGAAUCCCGUACAAGGUGACUUACAGAAAGGGUAACCAAAAGCAACUGGAGUUCGAGUCUAAACUGCUGCAAGUCCAGGGAUGUGAAGAUUGCAGUAUGAAAGUUACAGCAAACCGCAACGGAUUGAUAGUACGGUUUGGAAAAGGUAAAGCACAGUAUGAGAUCACAGCCUCGGGACAAAUUCAGAACCAGGGCAAAAACUUACACUUGCAAGCCCAAUGGACAGAGGUGAGUACACUUUCACUCAACAAAGUGUUAUACGCGGAGGCCCCGCCUCGAGGUCCAACCCCAUACGACCGAAAAGGUACCCCUUUCAUAUACCUUCUAUUAAAAAAGGUACCCGUUUUACAUACUUUCUACUGACAAAUGGUAUCCCUUUCACAUACUUAGUUAAGAACUUUGCAUCUCCUUUAACUACUGUCAAUGCGCGAUCUUUAAAAUAUGAAUAGAUCACAAAACCUGAACGUUUUCUCGAUUUUUUUUCGCAGCCGUAAAAUGCAUCUGUUGGACCUAUUGGGCCAUUUAAGAGACCUAAAAUGACAACUAUUGAAAUUCCUACCCUUUCAUAUACCCGUAAACCGGAAGCCUGAAAAAGGUAUAGACCUUUUCAGUAAGUACUCCUUCCCCGAGGGUGAGUACUGCCUUUUAGGACAUUCUUUAGGGCUUUGAAUAUCGAAAAGAGCCGAGUAUAACAGAAAUAGUGAUACCUGAAGAAAGUUAUAACUAUUUGUUUCAGCAGCGAAAGGUUAUAUCCAUUCCUUUUUACACAUUUCACAGCUUCCAGAACAAUGGAAAAAAUUCUUCUACAACUGGCAGCCUCAGAUCUGGUACGUCCUCCAACAGUUUGCUUGGAUAAGACGCACAGAACAGAAGCCCAAACAGAUUGCCUUUGAAUUUCAACUGACGACACCACUUACUGCUGAUUUAAAACUCAAAACACCGGACGCGGAAGUAGUGAGAACCAAUCUUUUCCUCCCAGUCCGAAUUGAACGGUUGCCUCAAUCCCUAAAGGAUAUGGGGAACUACUAUUACGGUAAGAAGAUAAAUCAGUGGUGUAGCAAGUCCAUAAACAUCACAAUUUCUCACAAGAAAUGAGUUCUUUUGAGCCACGGGAGUUCGAGAACACGAAUGAGGGGAGAGCUGCGAAGCCGCGAGGAGUGAGGACGAAGGACCAAGCGGAGAGAGAGAGACAAAAAAAGAAUAGCCCUUUUUUCCUCUCUUCGUCCCAAUCUCUCCUCCUUUAUACUGUUAAUUUACAUGAUUUUACUUUUUCAAUAGCCAAGGGUUGUCCCUUUCGUAAACUCUGAUGAAAGAAGGGCGACCGCUGGCGGUCUAUAUCAUGUCUCAUUCUUAUUGUCCUGGAAGUUCUAAUUAGAUUUCUAUCCCUCUGGUUUGCGGCAUAUAUUUUUAGCUCGUUGUGAAGUUCAAGAUCAGACGAUCAAGGUGUUUGAUCAUCAGCAGUACCAGCACAACAUCAGGGGAGAGUGUCUUUACACACUGGUACAGGAGCAUAGGAAAGGCAAACAGAGUAGAAUUCAGGUAAGGUUGCUUCAUGCAUUCCAAGCUGGAACUUUCUUUUAGAAUCAGGAUAAUAGGUUUUCACCUGAGCAAGAUGUUCGCCUCCUUAGCCAGUAUGCCACGUAAUCAUUUUUUUAACGGUUGUGUGAACAUUAUAGAGAGUUAUACCAAGAGGUGCUGUCUACUCAGCAGUUCGUAAGACAAUAGUCAGCUUAGCUAAAGAUCAUCUACAUCAAUACAAGUUGGGAACCCUAAAUUCCAAGUUUGUAAAACUACAUUACGUUUAGGGGAAUCAACGAAAUGAACAAUAUCAUUGGAAUACUGUUACUUAAAUGGUUACAACGUUCAUCCUUUGAAACGAACGAAUUUCAUCCAUUUGAAAAAAAAAAGAAAGCCACGUCUCACUUGUACCCAGAAAGGGAAGGUGAUAAUAGAAGAUUGCAUAAGUUACAGAAUAAUUCUAGACAAUGUAACUGAAAAGGAAUACAAAGUAUGUGAUAAAACAGUCCAAAACUGUCCAAAUCCUGAUUUGAAAAAGGUUAUGGCGGGCAGACAACACUCUUUAGAAACCAAUUCAAGUUAACUAAAUUAUUCCAGCUAAUCUUUCUUUCCUGUUGGUUUUCAUAAGCUUUUUGCGAAGAUUGGCGAGCAGGGACAAAAGACAGUUGUUCUUUCCAUCCAACAACAACAACAGCAAUCAAAGGAGACGGUUGAAGUCAAGCAAGAUUCUACAAUCCUGAUUGACGGCAAGAAACAGGAAUGCAGUCAGAAGGCCUGCCAAUCGAAGCAGGGUGGAGCGACUGUGCAGAAGGUUCAUACAAGUGAUGGCAAGACCCAGAUUCGCCUUUCAACUAAGGUGAGAAAUAUUUUUCCCGCUAAACAGCUUUCGGGGACCACCUUAUACAACAAUAAAUAAAAUAAAAAUAAAAAAUAAAUAACGAUUUGCAGGUAGCAUAUCCACAUAGUGAUUCUUCGUCUACCUGAUUCCUGGUCGAAUUGGAAUUUGGAAAUGUUGGUUUUUGAGGAGAGGGGAAAACCAGAGUACCCGGAGAAAAACCUCUCGGAGCAAGGGAGAGAACCAACAACAAACUCAACCCACAUAUGGCGUCGACGCCGGGAUUUGAACCCGGGCCACAUUGGUGGGAGGCGAGCGCUCUCACCACUUCGCCACCCUUGCUCCCCAACUGACUAACCAUGACCUAAGGAAGUAUUACGCAAGGAGGUUAUUCUAAAUGGCCUGCCCUAAUAUCUGAGCACACUUAGGCAUCGACCAACUUAAACCUUUUCUAAUCAGCGUUAGCUAACGCAUUUAAGCACUUAUGUAAACACAAAUGUAUUUAUUUUCCUUUAUAGCUGGGUCUGUAUGCCACUAUCGAAGGUCCCCAUAUUCAAGUUUCUGCCUCUCCUCUCUUGCGCAGCCGCGUUCGCGGCCUGUGUGGUGAUGCUGAUGGCGAACAAUGGGAUGACUACAGAGAUCCACAAGACCAACUGCAGAAACUGCAGAAAUUCAUUCAGUCAUGGCGACAACAGUGUUAA